CUCCCUACCUCCCUGUUGCUGUGAGGCUCAAAUCUGAUGCGUGUGAAAGUGAAUUUUUGCAGAGGUUCCACGGGUGUGUACGUCUCCUCCGCGGCCCUUGGCGUCUGGACUGUGAAGGCCGAAUUUGGGAAAUCUCAGAUUUUCAAGGUCAAAGUAUAUGAUGUUCUGAUUCUGUGAAGUCCCAUGCUGCUAGUACAGAUAGAUGUCUUUACAGCAAAUGGCCCCAGCUUCCCAAGACCCAGAAUAAUAAAUCGUAACGAUAUGAAAUGAAAACCUGCAAGGCCAUGAUGGCUACGAAGCCCAAACUCCACUAUCCAAAUGGACGAGGCCGGAUGGAAUCCGUGCGAUGGGUUUUAGCUGCCGCUGGAGUCGAGUUUGAUGAAGAAUUUUUAGAAACAAAAGAACAGUUGCAGAAGUUACAGGAUGGUAACCACCUGCUGUUCCAACAAGUGCCAAUGGUUGAAAUUGAUGGGAUGAAGCUAGUGCAGACCCGGAGCAUCCUCCACUAUAUAGCGGACAAGCACCAUCUCUUCGGCAAAGAUCUCAAGGAGAGAACCCUGAUUGACAUGUAUGUGGAGGGAACCCUGGAUCUUCUGGAACUGAUUAUCAUGCAUCCUUUCCUCAAACCAGACGAUCAGCAAAAGGAAGUGGUGAACAUGGCCCAGAAGGCUAUAAUUAGAUACUUUCCUGUGUUCGAAAAGGUUUUACGGGGUCAUGGACAAAGGUUUCUUGUUGGUAAUCAGCUGAGCCUUGCAGACAUAAUUCUACUCCAGACCAUUUUGGCUCUAGAAGAGAAAAUUCCUAAUAUCCUGUCUGCCUUUCCUCACCUCCAGGAGUUCACAGUGAAAAUAAGUAAUAUCCCUACAAUUAAGAAAUUCCUUGAACCUGGCAGCAAGAGGAAGCCUCCUCCGGAUGACAUCUACGUGAGAACCGUGUACAACAUCUUCAUGCCGUAGGACAGCAGCGAAGCUGCGAGUGAGCGCUGUCCCCCAGAAAUCGCUGUGUCCACAGUUGUGUCUUAAUUGAAGCCAGGCUGCCGUGAUCCAGCUCUGUCGUGGUGCUGUGUACAUUGUUCCUAAGUUGGUCUUUCAUGUCAAGGAGAUCUCUUCUAGAAACAUCAACCUUUUUUUGUCCAGUGAGUGAUUGUUACGGGACCUCUUCUGAAAACCUUUUUGGAGGGGCCGGCAUUUAAGUUGGAUCUGCUCUGUCUACUCAUUUCCGGGUAACGAGGAUGGGUAGGACUUCGUGUUGUCCCCUGAGCUUCUUUUCUCCUCUCCUUAUCCCAUUCUCAACCCCCUCCAGUCUCUUCCUGUUUUUAGUGUCUAAUAACAAUGGAAUUCACUAGAUAGUGAGUAACUCUCCUCUGAGCUAUAAUAACAAUAGAUCCAUGGUAGUAACGAAUGCCAUUGAUAUUUGCCAAAAUAAAGGAUUUACAAUUCAUU